AGGCAAUGUCACACCAAUUUCAGAGAUGAACUUCGAUCACUUGCCUGAAGACUGCUGCGCGCACAUUUUAUCGUUCACGUCUCCGGGCGAUGCAUGUCGUUCCUCGUUAGUUUCAUCGUCUUUUCGGGCCACGGUGGAUGCCGAUAGUGUGUGGCGGAAAUUCUUGCCAUCAGACCACAAACAGAUUCUAUCCAGAUUUGUGAGUCCCAUAGCUUAUUCAUCUAGCAAAGAUUUGUUUAUGAAGUUAUGCAGUCCAAACCUAAUCGACGGUGGUGAUAAGAUGUUCUUCAUAGAGAAAUCCACAGGUAAAAAGUGCUACAUGUUAAGUGCAAGGGACCUUUCAAUUACAUGGGGCAGUCAUCCACUGUACUGGACCUGGAGACCUUGUCUUGAAUCAAGGAGCAAAUUCAGAUUUGCAGAGGUGGCUGAGCUUAGAACAAUUUGGUGGCUGGAAAUAUGUGGCACAACAAAUACUCAAAUGCUAUCACCAAAAACUGCCUAUGGGGCCUAUCUUAUUAUAAAGAUAGCCAAUCGUGCUUACGGGUUAGACACUUUGCCUUCUGAGGUUUCACUUGAAGUUGGUAAUUCAAAAUCACAGAGUACGAUUUACUUGAGCAAACGCAAUGAUAGUGGGAAGCAAGCCUCAUCAGAACACGAACAUUUUCCGAAAGCGGUAAGAGCUUCAAGGUGGAGGGUUCUAGACGAAGAUCGCAGUGGCGGCCGCGGCGGCGAGCGCGGGGAUGGAUGGAUGGAGGUUGAAAUAGGAAGCUUUUACAAUGGUGAGUGUGAUGAGAAGGAUGUAAGGAUGAGCCUAAGAGAAGUGAGGGGUGUGCAUCUUAAAGGUGGACUUAUUGUUGAGGGAAUUGAGCUUAGGCCUAAACAAUAAUGUCACGUGUCAUCAUGUGAGAAGAAAUUGCUUAAUUUAAGAGUUUAUUCUUUUUGUAAGCAAUGUUCUUAAGUUCAAUUUACUCUAAUUUACGAGAGAGACAUUGAAUUCUUGCAUAAAAGGACGGAAAAUAAAGAAGUCAAACACAACAUCGACUUACAUUUGCGCUAUAUAAUUGGUAAUAUGUUUUAAGUUGUAUACCC